GGUAUCCCUGUUCUUAAUUGGCCAGCAAACUCACCUGACCUUAACUCUAUAGAAAAUCUAUGGGGUAUUGUGAAAAGGAAGAUGCGAUAAUUGGCCAACAUUUCUUAAAAUCCAUUUUUUGUGUUGGUCUUAAGUAAUAUUCUAAUUUUCCUGUAUAGGGUGUAUUUAUAAGAAAGGAGACCACGGUCAAGUGUUAAGGCAGGACAGCCUGCAACUACACUCAGUUACCAGGUUAUUAGGUACACAAGGCUGAAACUAAUGCAUUCUAAUGAAACUGUAAUAAAUACUCCCUUCAUGAAAGUUAGAAUUUUCUAUAACUUUUGUCAAUGCAAUUUGGAGUGUUGUAUUGGAUUGCAUUAGUUCACCUCAGUGGACCUGGCAACUGAGGGUAUAUCAACAGUACAACAUUUGCUCUAGUCUAUGAUAUUUGACUUUUAAAUACAUGACCUUGCAGACAUGAUAAAGUAUAGAAUUAAAAUGUAAUUACACAAUUGUUACUAAAACAAAUCUACUUUCUGCUUUUCACAUCGGCUGCAACGCUAAAACCUAUGCUUUUAUUUUUUUACGUCUUUUAUUUUUGAGAUGAAUGAAUUCCCACACCUGUUCUGUGUUUAUUUACCCAAAGCUGAAUCACAGAAGUUAACUGAGUCAUACUGCUACCAAAAUUGGUGGCAAUAUGUGAGCUCCAUUUACGUAGAGUAAAAUAUAAUUUGAAAUCUACUGUUGUGGUUUGCUCAACACUGCUUUAUCUGUCUUUAUCUGCAGAUGGCAGCAAGGUACUGUAAAUUCAUGAGGAACAUAACGUUCACUUUUUGUUAAAAGUGGUUUAGAGAGGUGUUUAUUCAAUUUUAGUAUCACUUUGGAAGCAGUAGUAGCGGCACUGUUAAAAUAUAUUGUGUUAUACUGCGGGUGGUUUUACAAUUUUGUCUGCCUCAUAGACUGGGGGCAAAAUAUGAAUAAACAAAAACAUCAUAACCUUCCUGAAGGUAGGAUUUCUUGCAGGAUUGUUGAAUUAGAGUGAAUUAGUUUUAGCUGCCUAAUAAACAAGAGUGUACACUCUUAUCUGUCAUACAGUAGAUUGACUGCCUCCGGUUCCACUGUGUAAAUACUAAGCCAUUUCCCAAAUGUCAACAGGUUAUUGCAACCUAUGGACAGUUCAGAAAGUGCAUUUUGAAGUGUAAUAAUUCUGCAGCUGCAAGCUCUGUUGGUCUGUCUAUAGGCAGUAACAAUCUUCAGGAUAUACGGUUCAGAGAUCAGGGCUGAUGCACAGUGCUUGUUCUCUACUAACAGCUGUCUUAUUACAGUGGAUAAGGUUUGUUGUGUUGUACAUAUCCAAAAACGAUCCCUUUGGUUGACAGCUCUCAGCCUGUGGUCAUGAAUGGUAAGUCUGAGCGCUAACAGCUUAGCAGCAUUGCAGUAUUGCAUUACAGGUCACUCUAUGGACGUGCGCCAGUGUUCGCCUGAGUGAGAAAGUGUUGCCUUCUUAACAAAGGGUGACAGAUAUGGGCCACAGCAGGGGGAGGGGUCUCAUAGUGGAGCUACAGAGGGCGGGCAACCAGUGCAGAUACUAGCUCUGCUCUUUUUGGUUGAUUUUUUUAUUUAUUUCUCCCACAACAAUUAUUUCUUCAUCCCUCUUUAACCUCCGCUCUCUGCCAUCACAUUCCAGUGCAACAUGAUAAUGUGGCUCACACAAAGGAGGGUUGUUGCACAGUUGGCACUCUCAGGUUUUUUUAAGGCUCACCUAAUCUGUUCCAGUAUUUCUUCUGAAGAUAAAUGUUUGUCAUGAACAUGUGAUUUUUAUUUUGUCUUCCCUUGUGCUCUUCUUUUCCUUUGUUUAAUGUCUCUGUUUGGCUGUGUUGUGUAUAAAAUUAAGUUGAGUAACUUGAGAACUGCAGAGUUAAAGUUGAGAGCACAGAUGGAAUGAGUUACCAGUUUUACAGGUUUAAUGCACACGUGAAUCCCAGAAGUGAGGUUUUCUUCUGUUGUGAGAAAGUGUAAAGGAAGUGCAAGUUUCUAAAAAAGAAAAAUGCUGUUUUAUCCAUAACUUAUAUUCACUGAUCAGAACUUUUAAAACUUAAAUGACUGCAUCACCUGUCACAACUUUUUCAUUUAAAGGGCUCACCAUAGAUGACAAUAUGAAGUGUGUUGACUAUGAUGUUUUAGUUUCAUACAAGGAAUAUUUUUGUCACAGCAGUUUUUUUCUUUAGAUCCUGAAUGUUUCCUUCAGUAUUUAAGUGUUCUGGCAGCAUAUAGUAAUAGCCUGGGAGUCACAAUGUUCUGAAAGGGCCCAUGACAUUAAAAUAUGCAUCAGAUUUAUUAAUUUGUUGUCUCCCUCUGGAACAAGAAAUGGGGUCUAAAACCACUGCUGCUGUUAAGGGGAUAGUCUAUCUCUAAUGAGCCGUUCACUGACAUCCAUUAUUUAGUUUACAGAUGUAAUAAAUUAUUGGAAUUAAGCUGAAGUUAAAGUAUGAACGUUGUGUUCUGUUCUGUUUUUACCUGUUCCAUCCCAUUGUAAAUGUAAUUUCCUAUUCAUUCAUCCAUGAUGGGACUUUUCAUCUUUAGCUGGGGUAUUAUCUUUCUGUAUUUAUUAGACGCAUUUACUGUAGCCUACAUCUGUGCAAAUAACCACAGAUUAAAAAACUAGUGUGGCCACAAGAAAUACAUUUUAUAGUCUACUUACUCCUUGACCACAGAAAUAAUAUAGACAUCAGAUUUCUCAUCUCUUCUUUUUCAGUGACAAUCGAUCUCUGACUGAUACAGUAGAGGGUUAUUCUUUUCCAUAAUUUGUAUUUUACGACUGCAGUUUCUGUGCCGGUGCUGCUCAUACGCAAUCCCCGGAUAGGUGGUUGCCAUGGAUUCCUGGGUCACAUGCGUGGGUUUCCUGUAGCCAGAAGCAGCAGAAGAUGCUUGGACCAAAAAUCCAGAGCCAUUUUCAUUCAAGAAAAAGAGAGGAUCCGCUGUGGAUAGCUUGCUGACUGGGUGGCCUGACUACACCCGUAUCCUAAUUUUGGCUUCUUUUUAAAAAAAAUCUCAACGGUGUGCUUUUGAUUAGGCUUUCUCAAAUUCGCAGCAAACCGGUUUUGACCACAUUCAUAGACUGAUAACAGGAAUGAGUAUAGAAAUUCCUGAAGGUCUGACGGAGCUGUUACAGAGCUUUACCGUGGAAGUGUUGAGAAAUCAGCCCAGGGAUUUGCUCGAGUUUGCAUUACAGUACUUCACCCAGCUGAAGGAAAGGGAGACCAAAGAGGCCUCAUUUGGCAAUGACCAAAAUUCGGCCCCAAGACCUGGAAAAGCAGUCAGUUUCAUUGACGAAGCCAUGCAGAUCGAUUCGGAAAACGGAGAGGAGGAGGAGGACGACGAUGACGAGGAAUUCAUAGCCCCGGUAAUAAACAGAUUCGUCAGAAGAGCGUCAGUGUGUGCUGAAGCGUUCAAUCCUGAUGAAGAUGAGGAGGGUAAAGAGCCAUGGGUCACCCACCCAAAAACUGAUGAGCAAAGACAGAGACUACAGGAAGCAUGUAGGGGCAUUCUUCUGUUCAAGAAUUUGGAUCCGGAAGAGAUGUCUCAGGUGCUGGAUGCCAUGUUUGAGAAAUUCUGCACUGAAGGGGAGCACAUCAUUGAUCAAGACGAUGAUGGGGACAACUUCUAUGUUAUUGAAAGUGGGACAUUUAACAUUUUCGUGAAGGGUGAGGGCACAGAGAAGCUGGUAGGCUGCUAUGACAACCGAGGCAGCUUUGGAGAACUGGCGUUGAUGUACAACACCCCCAGGGCCGCCACAAUAAUCGCCACCUCGCCAGGAGCCCUUUGGUGCCUAGAUCGUCUGACAUUCAGGAGGAUCUUAGUGAAGAACAAUGCCAAGAAGAGGAGGCUGUAUGAGGCAUUUAUUGAAACGUUACCACUGCUUACGUCAUUAGAGCUCUCAGAGAGAAUGAAGGUAGUAGACGUACUAUCCACCACAGUGUACAAUGAUUCACAGCAGAUUAUUGCUCAGGGUGAUUUAGCAGAUUGCUUCUACAUUGUUGAGUCUGGCCAAGUUAGAAUCACCAUGACAAGAAGCAGGACGAAAAAAGACCAGGGGGAAGAAGAGGUGGAUAUCGCCACAUGCUCUAGGGGCCAGUAUUUUGGAGAGUUGGCGCUUGUCACAAACAAGCCCAGAGCUGCAUCAGCCUAUGCUGUGGGGACCGUCAAAUGCUUGGUCAUGGACGUUCAAGCCUUCGAGAGAUUGCUGGGCCCGUGCAUGGACAUCAUGAAGAGAAAUAUUGCUAACUAUGAGGAGCAGCUGGUGACCCUCUUUGGAAGUAGCACUGAGAUUGAGCAACAAAGUGUACGAGACGGCACCAAUGGACCAUGAAUCUGUGGAUGAAAAAAGAAAAUGCUUGUAUGGAUGCUUUUCUUCAUAAUCACUUAAACAGUUUUUCUUACAAGAAAUGUGAAUAACAACAUUUGUGUGUCAGAUAAAUAAAACGGACAACAUCAGAUUCCCAUAUGGUCCCAUAUGGUUAAAACAGCGUUUGCCACAGAGUGUUAUGAUCAAAAUAAAGUGAGCCAAAGCCGCGUUGCUUGAAGCUUGUUUAAAUGAGAUUUUCACGACUCUAACCUUAAAAAUGUAAGCGUUCAUUUUCUUGCCAGUGUCAGACGCAUUAUUGGUUUGUAUAUUGUACACUUUUGUUAACUCUUACCUUUUCUCCACAGUGUUAUUGUUACACCUACAAUAUGAUAUCAUUUGUACAUUUCUAAACAUUGUUUGUUAAAAUCAGAUGCCAAAGCUAAUUUCAUACUGGAUAUUUGUGAGCAAAUAUGUCAAAAUCUCUUGUAAUUUCUGGCAAGAGCACUGACACUCGCAGCAAGAGGUACACUGGUAGUUGGAGUGCUCCAGUACGAGACAAUUUGUAAAGGAAGUUGACAAUUCUGUGUUUGAAUAACAUCUUUCACAACAGAAUGUAGACUAGGCAGUACUUUAACAUUUUUACAAAAUACUUUUCUGUUUAUCAUUAUAUAUAAUUCCUUGAAUACAUGUUCAUAAAACUGUAUAUCAUCGUUGGUAAAUGUUUGUGGCUGUUAGCCCAAUACUAUGCUUUUGCAAAAAAAAAAAAACUUAAGAGAGAUAGCUGAUAGUUUUGUAAGAAUAUACAACACAUUGCUGUACAAUUUGAAACUGAGUAUUUACUGUUAUUAUAUAAGCCCACCUUUAAUUUAAUCAGUUGCCCCUAGACUGUAGUCAUUAUAGGCAAUUUCAUGAGACAUUUGAUUUUUCUGUGUUUUAAUGUAAAAUUUAAGUCAUACUGUUUUUGUGUCAGUGAAACAUAUUAUGACAUCCAUUAUUGCUGUCUACCUCUGCCAAAAACGUAUACUGUUUGGAAACACGUAUUCUGAUGUUCCCUCUGGACAGAAAUCUAAAGUGGAUUUUCUCUCUCUCUUCUUCUCUCUCUUUUUAAAAUUAAUAAUUGAAGUUUUCUGUAUUUUGUCUGUGGUUUACUGCAGCUUAACCUGUUUAAAGCUGGUUUAACAUUUAAACAUUCUGAAUUUAUUUGCCCCCUUUGUGCAGGUAGUACUGGUAAUUUUUGAAGGCAAUCCCAUAAUACUGGCUGAAAGUACUGUAUGUUUCACUUUUCAUGUUAAUAAAGAACAUUUUUAAAUUUG